AUGGCGGAGGGCGGUGGCGGCGAGGCGGGCGAGGACGAGCCGAGGGCGCCGGGGCCGCGGCCCCCGAGCGCGCGGGACUUGCAGUUGGCCUUGGCAGAAUUAUAUGAAGACGAAGUGAAAUGCAAAGCUUCCAAACCCGAUAGACCUAAAGCUACAGGCUUUAAAAGCCCGCGAACACCACCUCAAAGGUUCUAUUCAAGUGAACAUGGAUACAGCGGAUUACAUAUAGUUCGCCCUUCAACUGGGAAAAUUGUGAAUGAACUCUUCAAAGAGGCAAGAGAACAUGGGGCCGUCCCUCUGAAUGAAGCCACAAGAGCUUCAGGUGAUGACAAAUCUAAGUCUUUUACAGGUGGAGGAUAUAGAUUGGGUAAUUCCUUUUGUAAGCGAUCUGAAUACAUCUAUGGAGAAAGUCAAUUGCAAGAUGUUCAGAUUUUGCUGAAACUCUGGAGCAAUGGUUUCAGUUUAGAUGAUGGAGAAUUGAGACCUUACAGUGACCCAACAAAUGCCCAGUUUCUGGAGUCUGUUAAGAGAGGAGAGAUUCCCCUGGAGCUUCAGCGGCUGGUCCGUGGAGGCCAUGUGAACUUGGAUAUGGAGGACCAUCAGGAUCAGGAGUAUGUCAAGCCCAGGCUGAGGUUCAAGGCUUUCAGUGGAGAGGGACAGAAACUUGGAAGCCUCACACCCGAAAUAGUCAGCACGCCGUCCUCCCCAGAAGAAGAGGAGAAGUCUCUGCUCAGCGCAGUUGUUCUCAUUGAUGAUUCAGUGCCAACGACAAAAAUUCAGAUCAGAUUAGCCGACGGGAGCCGCUUGAUACAAAGAUUCAAUAGUACACACAGGAUCCUGGAUGUUCGGGACUUUAUUGUACAGUCCCGUCCCGAAUUUGCAACUCUUGACUUUAUUCUCGUGACUUCAUUUCCAAACAAAGAGCUAACAGAUGAAAGCCUGACACUACAAGAAGCAGAUAUUCUUAACACUGUGAUACUCCAGCAACUAAAAUGAUACUGCUCCUGCCCAUGCAGUAGCACGUAGGAACAAUAAUGUGCCAUAUUAGUGAGGAAAAUACCUAGAGCGUAAAAAAUUAUUUUUAUUAUUUAUACAGAUGCAUUUUGGUUUUAUUCUUAUUCUGUCGUCUAGCUUUAGCAUAGAUGAAUUUGGACUAGGAAUAGAUUUUGAGGUAAAUAUGUUUGAGGUUUUAGUUGCAAGGGCUGUUUUCUGUUGAUAGAUUGUAAAUAUUCAGGCAGGCCAAUUUGUUACAUGCUCAGUUAAUGUAAUAGCAUUUGUUUGCAGAGAAAAUUAACAAAACCCCAUUUUGAUAAAUGCAUUUGGUGAAUUUGCACUAAAGUUCUUGAUGCUGCAUUGAUUAACAGCCAUUAAGAAAUCCUCUGAUCUGAUAGUUGAAAAUUUUUCUGUAGUGCAAUGCUGAAAAGUAUCUCUAUUCUGAUCUUGAAAUACUUUGAUCAAAUAGUUAUUCCUCCUAUUAAGAUUUACACAUCCUUUUUACUUGCUGAUUUAGCUACUUUACUCUUGCCAAAAAAUACAGUUUAGACUUAAAAUAUUUUCCAGAACUAUGACCAUCAUAAAUGAGAAACAAAGACAUCAAGGCCAGCAGUUCUUGAGAAGAUGUGUAAGACUCUGUUUUGAAAUAGAGCAGUUACAGUCUCUCAGAGCCUGCCUUGAUCACAUUCAUUUGUUCAUUCAACACAUUUGUCUAGGGUCCAGGACCCACUGUUUCUACUAAACACUGUUCUAAGUGGUCAACCCAGAAUGUAUUCUGCUCUGAGGCAAAACAAGUGUAGACAUUCAGGAGUGUAAAUCCUGUCGGCCAGACUGGAUCUGAAGAAUUACCAGCAUGAAUGUCUGCCUAUGUGCUGAAGCCACGUGUUUCCUGAUGGUGGAGGCUACAGCAGGAAUGAAAGAAAGGCUUUUUCAUCUUCCCAGAUACCAUUUCAUCUUUAGUCACCACUCUGGGUUAGUUGUUUAUGCUGCUGUAACAAGUUACUACAAAUUCAGUGGCUUAAAAUGGCCCAGGUUUCUUAUACUUCCAUAGGUCAGACGUCUCAGAUGGGCCUCAGCAGCUGAAGUCAGGUGCCAGCAGGGCUGCGUUCCUUGGGGGAGGCUCUAGAGGAGAAAUGUCUCCUUGCCUUACAGUUCUAGAGGCCACUGCAUUCCUUGGCCUGUGGCUUCCUUUUUCUGUCUUCACAGCCAGCAACGUUAUGUCUCUUUCCCUCUUCUCUGUUCAUCACAUUUCUUUGACAACAGCCAGGAAAGGCUCUCUGCUUUUAAGGACUCAUGUAAUUAGAUUGGCUGUACUAGAUAGUCUGGGAUUAUCUCCCCAUCAUGUGGUCCAUAGUAGCCCCAAAUCCCUGAAGUCCCCUUUGCCAUGUAAGGUGACAUGUCACAGGUUUCUUCUGGAGGCACCAGGGGUGGUCUGUUCUUUGCCUCUUUCACCUCAGAGACACUGCUGGCACCCCUUCACUUACGGCUGUAUCCCUCGGAUCCACUUUUGUCCCGGCAUCUUUUACUACAGGCUGUUAUUCUCUGGCUUUCUUCUUACAGGGACCCUAGUGGUUACAGUUGGUUAGCCUGGUCGUUCAGGGUGAUCUCAUCUCAAAGUGCUUAACCUCAUCACAUCCGCAAAGUCUCUUCUACCACAUAGGGUAACAAAUUCGUAGGUUUGGGGAUUAGAAUGUGAACACUUGAGGGAGCGCUAUAUCCACCACAGUCCACUCCCGCCCGGAGAUUCACGUUCCACAUAAACGUCACCCCUUCCCCAAGUGCUCGGAAUCCUUGGUCCAUUACAACAUCAACCUAAAUUGCAAAACCUUAACCUGCAUCUCACCAGCUCAGAGGUCCCAAAACUCACUUAAAUCAUCGCAGUCAAGUAGGAGUGAGGGAGUUCCCGUCGUGGAACCAUGAGGUUGUGGGUUCGAUCCC